AUGGCUCUUACAAAGACGGAAAAGAGCAGAAAAGACAAGCCUCCUGGUCGUAACAAGCCUCCUGGUCGUGACAAGCCUCCUGGUCGUAACAAGCCUCCUGGUGGUAACAAGCCUCCUGGUCGUGACAAGCCUCCUGGUCGUGACAAGCCUCCUGGUCGUGACAAGCCUCCUGGUCGUGACAAGCCUCCUGAUCGUGACAAGCCUACUGGUCGUGACAAGCCUCCUGGUCGUGACAAGCCUCCUGAUCGUGACAAGCCUACUGGUCUUGACAAGCCUCCUGAUCGUGACAAGCCUACUGGUCGUGACAAGCCACCUGGUCGUGACAAGCCACCUGGUCGUGACAAGCCUCCUGGUCGUGACAAGCCUCCUGGUCGUGACAAGCCUCCUGGUCGUGACAAGUCUCCUGGUCGUGACAAGCCUCCUGGUCGUGACAAGCCUACUGGUCGUGACAAGCCUCCUGAUCGUGACAAGCCUCCUGAUCGUGACAAGCCUCCUGGUCGUGACAAGCCACCUGGUCGUGACAAGCCACCUGGUCGUGACAAGCCUCCUGGUCGUGACAAGCCUCCUGGUCGUGACAAGCCUCCUGGUCGUGACAAACCUCAUGGUCGUGACAAGCCUCCUGGUCGUGUGAUAUGUGCACGGGACUGUCGUUCGAGGGUCAAGACGGUCUCAGGUUUAAACUCUAACCUCAGCCAUCCCCCGCCGUCCUGCGGGAGGUUUGGGUUUGGAUUUAAUUGGAAGAAAUCUGGAGGAACAUGUUAA